AUGCUGGUGCUAAAGCCGCACACCAUUCGGCCUCAGGUGGUGGGGACUGCGAUGGAAAAGAUAGCCACAGCUUUGUCAGUGAUUGAGCCGAUUGAGCCGGGCCCGCUCGAGUCUCUUUCAGAGCCAUUAGCCAGACAGGCAGACGAGCACAUGGCGGGAAGCGAGAUGAGGUCCGAGGCCUCUUCAUCAGGACGUUGGGCUUUGCCACCAAACUGGUCUUUGCCCAUACCGUCGCUUCGGUUCCAUUCUCGUGGUCAUCUUUACCAGGCAUUCGCACGCUUUGAUCUGGAAGUCUUGCAACCCACUUUUGGUGGUCCUUGCCGUGCCCGCGGGAAAGAUGUCAGGACCCACAAAGAAAAUUUGGAAAUGCCCAAGUACGAGGCAGAGGAAGACGAUGCACCACUCCAGUCUCGUGCUGUCAUUUUCGAGUAA